CUUUGAGGAAAUGCUCGAAUUUUAGACACACACACACACACACACACACACACACACACACAUAAAAAGAGGAAACGGAUAGAAACUCAGAAAUCAUGUGAUUGAUGACUAAGUUAAAUCUUUUCUACUUACUGAAAAAGAAGAGUCUGAUGAUUAGUUGUUGAACCUCCUUGCAUUUUUAAAGUUUUGGGAGACAGUGAAUCAUGUUCCUAUUUAUGAUUUUUCCUACCCUGUUUUCUUCCAUAUUUACUGAACCUGGGAAGCAAAAUUGGGUCUGCAACUCCUCUGAUGCAAGCAUUUGGUACACCUACUGUGAUCACAUGGAAUACCCUAUUUCAGUUAAUGUUAACCCUUGUAUAACAUUGAAGGGAACCAGAGGACUUUUGCAUCUUUACUUCAUUCCAAGGAGAGACUUAAACAAAUUAUAUUUCAAUCUCUAUAUAUCUAUCAACUCCAUGGAGCUUCCAAAGCGCAAAGAAGUUAUUUGCCGAGGAUCUAACGACAUUUAUUCUUUUUGUAGGGCUCUGAAAGGAGAGACAGUGAAUACAACAGUAUCAUUCUCCUUCAGUGGAAUAAGAUUUUCUAAGGGAAAAUACCGAGGUAUUGUUGAAGCUAUUGCUGGGAAUACUGAAGAAAUGCUCUUUUGCUUGAAUUUUACCCUCAUAUACCGCCCUCGUUUAAAUUAGAAUAAAUUGAGCAUAUUUUUUUUUCUCAA